UCUCCCCGGGGAACACUUCCGGUGUAGUUUCCUGUGUUUGUAAACUGAGAAAAUUGGAACUCCGACAAGAAAUAUUAAUCUGCAAAACUCAAACAAACCUAAGGCUUUGCCACCUGAUGAUUUGGGUGGGUGUAGUCUUCUCACACCCCUCAUCCUGAGUGAACCCCCUUGAUGCGCCCCUGUACACCCAAACACACACGCAUUCAAUCCACGCACCGGCGAUGACACACCAUCCCAACAACUCAGUUCGAGACCACAUGAAAUGGGCUGGGUUGCUGGGCUGUGAGGCGGUGCUGUCCAGCAUGGCCCUGAUGCAGGCCAACAACAUGUCUGGGGGACAAAAGAAGAUGUCACAGCACGACCAGGGCCAGAGGGACAUCAACAACCCUGAGAGCCACCAGCAGCAGUCUCACCAAUCACACCACAACAAUCACCAGUCCCACCACAGCCACAUGGUCCUGCCCUUGGGAGUGAGCUGCCCACCCCUGUUUAUUAGAAAGGAUGGACACUCGUGUCACGCACCCAGGCUGCUGGAUGAGAAAGAUAUGCAGGCCAGCCAGAAUACACAACCGACAAAAAAGAAGCACAGAAAAUCAGCCACACCCAACAAGCUGAGAGAGAAAGUGGAGCAGGUGGAGAUGGAUAUUAACGGUGAUGAUCACAAUUCACAAGUACAGAAGAACUUUAUCUGUGAGCACUGCUAUGGAGCAUUCCGAAGUAGCUACCACCUGAAGCGGCACAUUCUCACUCAUACAGGGGAGAAGCCGUUUGCGUGUGACGUGUGUGACAUGCGGUUUAUUCAGCGAUACCACCUGGACAGACACAAGAGAGUUCACAGUGGAGAGAAGCCCUACCAGUGUGAUCGCUGCAAUCAGAGUUUCUCACGGACGGACCGUCUGCUACGUCAUCGCCGUCUGUGUGGGGCGGGAAGGAGCAUUCCCAAGGAGGAGAACCAGUCAUUCUCCUGCGAGGGCAGAGGAGGAGCCUACUCCCAGGAUGCACCUGGGCACACCGCUGCCUGGAGCCCCCUACAGCAGCAGAGCAGCCGUCUGGCUGUCUGACCUUUAAACGCUGACCCUCUCACAGACAGCAGUGCUGCAUCCUCCCUCAGCCCAGAUAAACCUGGCUAAGACAAAGACACCAAACCUUAAGUUGUUCUCACCAACUAGCUCAUAUCCUGUUGAUGGGAUAGUGGAUUAUUUUCUACUUUUGUAAUAACUUUUUAAAUAAAUGUUGUAUUGUUACGUACAUGGUACUUAACAGAAGGGGAAGACGAGACCCUCGGGUGGGGUGGGAGGAGUUUGGGCAAGCUGUCAUAUUGCUACGGCAAUAAUGAAUUCAUUAACUGACAUGUUUUAGCCUCAAAAGUGUUUUUUUUUUUGACUGGAGACUUAAGCUCUUUCCAGACAGUAAGAGAAAAUUCAGAGUGGAGUUCGGCGAAAUCGAGCAGAUUCCUAUUAUCUCCGCUAGGCAGCUUUCACGUGCACUGCUGACCACUCCGCCUGGAUAGAAUUUGCCCCGCCCCCACCCCCCCACCUAGCUCCAUUGAAUGGGAAACUCCACCGCCACUUCCUGCCUGGAAAGCCCUUUAAUGUGAGGUUGGUCUGGUCAUACCAAUAUGAACAACUGCCUUUGCUUCUUCUUUUAUUUUAUUUUACCAUUUGAUUGUAUGUGUACGCUUACCAUUGGACAAUACUGAUCAGUAACCUAGGACACUCUUCCUGAUCCGCUAGCAUCCUCAGUGGCCAAGCACAUCAUACUAUGGAUAUUAUUAAGUAUUUGAAGGAAAAUGUUGAACACACAAAUCCUUGUGGCCUUGAACCACUCAGAUUCAUUCAAGUUGGUUCUGUUACUACUACUAGCUUAACAGUUCCUGGUUUGACUUGUUAGUGAAUGGCCGUAGCCUAAUAGACCUGUGUAACUAGCUGACCCUACCUUGAUAUUGAGAUCAUUGGGUAGUUGACACAUUUCUUGUUCUCCAGUGUUAGUGUCAUUUACAUACAUCCAGUUCUUGUUAUGUUUGACUCAAUUCUGUCUAAAGAUAUCUAACUUUCUAAUUUGCUACACUGGUCAGAUGUUUAACUCUAGAACCUCGCAUAGCUACCGUUUUGGGGAUAGUGACCAUGGAAAUGAAAUUACUCAUGUCCAUUCUAGUAUUCUAAGUGAUCUCGUGUUUUUUUUGUUGUUGUGAAUAAUCAGGUGUCUUAUCUCAAAGGACAUCUGUGCAUGUAAGCCUAUUCUAUAUUCAUUCAGACUCCAUGAAGAGUAUCAAUAGGUAAUUUUUUGUCUUUCGUUGUUAUCAAAUGUCCUGAGUAUGUCGAUCCAUCUUGUUAUAUUUCUGGUGUUAUUUUAUAGAAGAGGUAAUCUCAUGAAGCAGGACGGUUGACCUGCUCUGACCCAGUUUGUGAACAAAUGCUUCCUCUAUAAUAUCAUACCAUGUUGAUGUUUCUACAGUGAGCUCAGUGUUGUGACAGUUUUUGUUGUUUUCGCUCUGUACUCCAGCAAGUUGGAUUGGAAUGAUACGAGGUGAAAGUGCAGACUGUCAGCUUUAGUUUCAUCCAAAUCAGGUGAGCCGUUAAAUAAUUACAGCAUUUUCUGGUCAUAGUCUCCCUGUUUUAGGGGUUCCAAAGUAUUGGGACAAAUUCACUUAUACAGUAUGUGUAUUAAAGUUAAGUAUUUGGUCCAAUAUUCAUAGCAUGUAAUGACUGCAUCAAGCUUGUGACUACACAUUUCUUGGAUGCAUUUGCUGUUUGUUUUGAUUGUUUCAGAUUAUUUUGUAAUAGAAAUGAGUGGUAAAUAACUGUCAUUUUGGAGUCAGUUAUUGUAAAUAAGAAAAUAAUGUUUCGAAACACCUACAUUGAUGUGGAUGCUACCAUGAUUACAGAUAAUCCUGAAUGAAUCGUGAAUAAUGAUGAGUGAGAAAGUUCGAGGCACAAUCUAAAAUGACACUACAUUAUUUACCAUUAAUUUCUAUUUUGCACAAAAUAAUCUGAAACACAAGUUUGUAGAGUGACAAGUUUAACGUAGUCAUUGCGUGUUAGGAAUAUGGGACCAAACACUAAACUUUUUACUACUUUUAAUACACAAGGGAAUUUGUCCCAAUACUUUUGGCCCCCUAAAAUGGGGAGACUAUUUACAAAAAGUGUUGUAAUUUCAAAAUGGUUCACCCGAUAUUGAUGAAAAAACCCUCAAAUAAAGCUGAUAGCCUAGUCUGCACUUUAACCUUAUAGUCAUUGUAUAAUUUCAAAUCCAAUGUGCUGGAGUAAAGAGCGAAAACAACAAAUGUCACUCCCAAUAAUUUGAGCUCACUUUAUUCACCUCUAGCAUCUAAAGUGAAGAUGACCAUUUCUGAAAUCCAAAUCGACCCCUACAAUCUCCCUACAACUCCUGUAGAUCUGAGAGAAAUUCUAAUAUGGUAUUAUGGUAAUACCAUCUUGUCUAAUCCUCUCAGAUCUACAGGAAAUGGCUAAACAGUAGGUGCUAGGGGUCGGUUUAGAGUUCAGUAUAUUUCCACUCAGUGGAUAUCCAUGGUAACAGAAGUUCCACUGGGGAGGUUUUUUCUCUCACAUUUUUAUUGGAGCAUCUCCGGUUCCAUUAUGGGAGCCAGGUCCCACAUCAGUUUGUACUGGCUUGCCAACUCCUGUGGUCAUUGCCAUACCAAUGACCAUAGGAGUUGGCAAUACAGCACAAACAGAUCUGGGACCAAGCUAUCAUUGACAUUCUAUAUCUGUAAACACUGGAUUGAGGAAGCCCAAAAUAUAGUAAAUACAACUGUUAUCUGUAUAGACCGAGAAUCUUUUCUAGAGAGGACAAGUAGUUACUAUUGCAUCACGGUCAGAUUGUAAGUCGUGUCAAAGGAGUUAGUGGCCCUUUACAAAGACUAAAGCCAGUUAGUUUUCUACUGCUGAAUUUAAGUUAAUAUAUAUUUUAAAAUUCAAUUAGGAGUAGAGGCAGAACUGCCACUAGUGCCUGUCUACUGUAGCAGUCAUAAUUAACUUUUUAUUACUAGUAGUUGUGCAUGCAUCUGUGAUUGUCAAAAUGAAGGGAUAUUGUAUAAAUGUUUUUAGUACAAAUUGUUUAAAAAUAAAAUUAGUUUUUUAAAAGUAAAAUAACUUCGUCAUUAUCACAAUCCUAGUAAAGUUGUGAUAAAAUAAAGUUGACUCUGUAACAUUGUAGUGAAUGGAAAAACUAGGGCCUCAAGCUUUAAUAAACGUGUUUCUCUUUUUAAA